GGUGCCUGCGUGUGUUGUGUGUUUGUGUGUGUUUGCUUGUGUGUGUGUGAAUGCCUGCUUGCGGUGGGGGGGAUGUCCUGGAGUCAUAAGAUCGCCUGGUUCCGAGCGGUUUUAAUCUGCGAACUAUUAGGGGAUCGUGGAGAACUUUUUUUCGGGUAACAAGAGAACUAACUGAGACCAAGACUUCCGCUCCUUGACUGAGGGACUUAAAGGAUGUUAUAAAAACAAGACAGUUCAGCAAGCAAAAGAUUGGCACUCUAUGGAGCUUAGAUUUAUCAAUUACAGCUGUUAUUAUUAGUCUGGGUUUUUAAAAACGUGGUUGGGUAUGUGACUGUCAUUCAUGGAAGCUUUUUUGUCAUUUGUUCACUGACUCUGGAGGGACCCCAUGGUUCUUUGGAGAGCUUUUUUGGAAAGUUCAGGAGAAGACAUGGAGCAAACUUAACUUCACUGUGGAAAACAAAAAAAGAGGAUAUGUUUCUAACUUUUACACUGUCGCCAACAACAAUAACAACAACAAAUAGCUGCUAUGUAUUUUCUGGCAAUGUGGACAGGGGCCAAGUGAAGGUGAACUGGUCAUGAUUUAUCGCCAGAUUUUUCUUUGUCGUCGGCGUUUCUGCCCACGACCCUUCUUUUUGGGCUUAGUGGUAGCAAUCUGCCUCUUCUACCAGACUCUGACACUUAUAGGGACAAGAAAACUUCUAUCAGCUGUUACUGGGGCUUCCCCAUACAAACUGGCUGAAAUUUACCAAAGCCAUGCCAAGGAAAUUGUCACAAGGGACAGAUAUUGCUUCCUGUCAUCAGAUGAUGCACAGGCAACCCAAAAGAUUAAAGAAUCUAUUGUGAAGCACUUUGGAAGUCAUGAGAGAAGGGCAGUGCUCUAUAUGCCUCCUUCCUACAGCCAAAAGGACCUUCAACUUUAUCAGCACAUCCUCACACACCUUGGCUAUGCCGUUUUUACCUCAGAAGAAAGCCUCAGGGCUGGCCUUGGGCUGGGGCAGCUGGACAAAGGUGAAUCAGGCUCUUGGGAUCUUCUCAUCUGCCUGCAUCCCAGGAAAGCUGAUGGAAAGCCUUGCAUCAUGAAAGAAGAUUUGUGCCAGUUGAACUUACAUCAAAGGGUAAAUAUACUUCCAGAAAUACAGUAUCAACUUGGCAGCAAGGAAGGAUUAUGCCAAAUCAUUAGAAGAUUUCCAGAAUUGAAGCUUCCAGUUGUUCCUUCUGUAUGCCUGAAUGAGUACACACAGGUAAAACUGAGCACUUCCAACCAUCCUUCAAUGACAGGGAAGACCCAUAGGAAACGUCCUGUACUUCUAAGGUCCUUCUGGAACUGGCCUUCCCAGCUGAAUCAAACACCAGCCCCUGUGACACAUAAGCAACUUUUUAAAGCCAAAGACCUGUCUGUGAUCAUUAAAGCAUAUGUCUUGGUGACAUCUUUAACACCUCUGAGGGCCUUCAUUCAUUCAACUGGUACCAUUUGGAAUCCACCCAAGAAAAAACGUUUCACUAUUAAGCUGCAAACAUUUUUUGAGACAUUCCUUGGGGUCAGUUCUCCUCUUCAGGCCUUUGAUAAUAUGAAGGAAGCUAUAAGUAAACUUUUGCUGGCAGCCGAAGCAUUCAGUGAAACAUCUACACUGGGACCAAAGACCAUCAAAAGGUGCAGUUUAUGUUUUCAACUUUUAACAUUUGAUAUUGAGUAUAGCAGCUCUUUGAACCCAUUAGUUCUUCAGGUUCAUGAACAUUUUGAUUUUCAAGUUGAUGAUAAUCUUAAUUUGGAGGACCAAAAUACAAAAGAAUUCCUUUUAAAAGACACUUUCAAUUUUCUUUUUGCCAAUGAGUCUUCACUUUCCAUUUUUUCUGAAGCACUUCAAAGUAUUUACAAAUCAGAAAGGAUUAAGGGUGAAAGAUAUCAAAAUGAACUAAAUCCAUGCUUCUCUUUAGAGGAGAUGAAUUCAAUUAUGACAUUCAUAAAGGAACUCAAGAAUCUGGGACAAUUUCAACUGCUAUUUCCAUCAACUGCGCCCGGGAUUCAAGCUUUUAUGAAUGAAUUUUAUUAUGUGGCAGACCAUAUGAGAAAACACAGUUGGGUUCUGACCCAAUAUUGGUCCCUCUUAAAUUUAUUCAAAGAACUACCACUCAUGAAUAAAAAGACUCAGCUCUAUUCUCUAGAAUGGGAAUACAAGAACAGUUUGAGAGAUUUGCCUCUGAGACAAGAAAACCAUAGGAAUCUGUUUCCAGAUAACAUUAAGCCAAGAGUUCCCUUGGAUGCAGGUGAAAAUAUCAUAGUGUCACAUUUAAUGAACGAGACCAAAGAAAUACCUUGCAGUAAUGAUAAAGACACACUGUCUCAUAUAAAGCAGAUCUUUACAAAUCCACAUUUGGACCUGAAUCCAGAAUUUAACCCAAAGAUCAAAGACUACUACUCUGAAGUCCCAUUUGAUGUUAUAACAGUAACAAUUGGAGCAGAGACUUCUAAUUGCCAGUGCAAAGUACAUCUGGAUGAAAAGGCAGGGCCAAGUUUUGCAAAUUAUCCUCUGGGAUUAGGAAUGAACAAAAUCCUUAUUCUUGUGGUAGAUGAAUCUCAGGCAAGUGGUGAAGUGCUCAGCACUUACAGACUUACAGUUUACAGAGAAGACCGCCCAAGUCUACCCUUAUUCAAUGACUACAUGGCAUGUGGUUUUGUGCAGGAUUGUGGUUUGAAAAUUCACCCAGAGGAAACUUGUGGAUUACAACAUCUGUCAUCUGACUACAUUGCAACCAUUUCCCAGCCUGAACUUAAGAUUUGUAAGUCUGGGGACGCCAAAGGACAGUGGAUUGUCCCAUGCCUUAGCUGUUCAGACAAUAGAACCUGUGAUUGGAGAGAAAUAACAUGGCAGCCUCAUAACUGCCAGUAUGGUAUCCUGUCAAAGACUCAACUACAACACUGCCUAGGAGGAAGAAAGGUCCUUUUCAUUGGAGAUUCAACCAACAGAGGAAUAAUGUAUUAUCUGAUUGAAAGACUCAAUGAAACCCUGCAGGAAUGGCAGAAAGUGCACAGCAUUAAAUCAUACUACAAUGUCAACAAUGGCAGAACAUUCAUCAGUUACUCCUACUAUCCCCAGUUCUGGAUCAGUGUUUCACAAAGGCCAACAUUUGAAAAAGCUCUUGAACAACUUUUGCAAAGAUCACAUCCCCUCGAGAACACAGACCAGACAAUAUUAGUUGUUGGUGGUGUUCAGUGGCUUAAUUCCAAUCACCUACAAAUUAUUCACAAGGUUUUGAAAAGGGAAAACUUAUUAAAUAUUCUGGUGAUUAUUAAAACUCUGGGAAUGGGAUUUCAUCUGCCUGUAGAUGGAGUUCAUUCAUUAACCCAGAAUGAAGUACAAAAUUUAUGGAAAGAAAAUUGGAUUAUACUAGAUUCUGCAAAAAGAUAUGGCUAUGAAGUAGUUGAUACUUUCAGCAUAACUAUGGGACGCUACAAGGAAUUUCUGCAAGGAAAGUGUGGAUGCCAUUUCCAUGAGGUAAUUAAAUCUAAGGCUUCCAGUGACUCUCAUCUUAUUAAAAUGAAACCAUCAAGACAGCAUGUUGUGGGAAAAUAUUUUAGCAAUUUGAGAAAACAGAAGAGACUGCAAAGCUAUGCAAUUGAUGUAAAAUCACCAUAUCAUGUUAGAGGCCCAAUCAAUCAAGUCUGUUCGGAAAUUCUUCUCAGCAGGAUAUGUACUCGUGAAAGGACUGUGUAACCUUCCUUCUGGAGAAACAACUUUGCAGUUGGAGACUUUCCACUUAUUUGGUCUGGGAACCAUGUCAAAUGCAUCACAUAUGUCUAUGGACCUUGCAUGCAUGUUUGCAUACAGAGAGAAAAAGACAGACAGACAAAGACACAGAGAGAGACAGAGGAGGGGCAGAGAAAAAGAGAAGAGAUACUAUUCUAAGGAUAUAUAAUGUCAAAAUGAGCCCCUGCAUGUUUUUAAAUGAAAGAUAAAGAUGCAAAAUAAUUUUAUUUUUUUCUUAAAAGGAAAGGAAAGGAAUAAUUUACUUGAAAUAUAGACAAAAUGCUUAAGCAAACUAAAGGCAGGGUAUUAGUUUUUGUGAUAAUAAAGAUAAAUAAUAGGCACUUGAAAUAUAUGAAGAGACCCUAGAGCUCUUGAACAUCAUUUUUUCUUACCUAUUGGUACAUUCAUGUUGAAGGGGGAAAGGAGGAAGCAAUUACAUUCCACUUGCAAGUAGGUACAAUACUUGUAUUCUUGAGUAGAAAAAAAUACAGUAUUUAGGAUGAUACUGGUUUUAUAAAAGAAAUCCUUCUGAAAAGCAUUUUCCUCCAUUUGCUUGAUUGUUUAAAUUUAAGAGAUGGGGUAGGGUGGAAAGGGGAUUUGGAGAGAACCAGUACCGGAAACUCCAAAGGGUCUAGAGAGAAGAAGUACUGAAGUCAAAUUCUUUAAAGCUAUCACUUCAGUUGACCCAAGUUCUUUUUAUAGGAGUCUUUGCCCCUACAUAUUUGAACGUAUUCCCCUUCUGCCCUAUAUGUUAAGCUUAAAUAGGAUGGUUAUAGUAUAAUUUGAUAACAAAUGUGUCUAGUUAAAGGGAGGUACCAAAUUUUUUUCUAUAUGUAUUAUUAGAUAAUAUUUGUAAAGCACUUUGCAAACCUUAAAGAGCUAUUUGAAUGCUAGCUAUUAUACUAUUUUAUGUGGUAAGGGAGGAAGGAGUGGAACUUGUGAUUUCAUCUUUGUAGGGAAUCCCUAGUGUGGAAAAUCCCUUCACUGGCAUACAGCAGCAACUCAUCUGUUGCAUAUAAGUUUUAGAUAGUUUAAUUAGUUGGGUGGGACACUGAUUUACCCAGAGUCACAUACUGUAUGUCAAAAGCAAGUCUUAAGCCUAACUCUUCCAGAUUCUGUGAAUGGGCUUCAAUCAGCCUACAACCUCUCCAAUUCCUAUUGUUGUAUGUAAAUGCAAUAGGAUUGCAAAAAGAUUUGUUUUUCAUUAAACUUAAUAUAUACUUUAAGUUAAAAUCUUAACAUUGUUUAAUUGUCAAAGAAUUGUGUUUCCUUAAUACCUAGAUAUCUUUCCCAGGAGGGAAAUGUAAGCAUUCAUGGGCUUACUAGAUAACCACUAAUUUAAUUAUAAUUUAUUCUGAUUUUUAAAGAAUAUUGGAAGAGAAUUCUGGGUGGCAUUAGCCAUUAGUUACUUUAAUUUUUUUGAAAUGGUAGAUAAAGAAAAUGAUUAUUCUUAAAAAAAAAAAAAGAAAGAAAGAAAGAAAACUCUUCCUAAGAUAGAAAGUAUGGUGCCAAUCUAAAAUUCUUAUUUUCCUUAUCUAUAUUUUAAAGUCCAAAUGCUGAAAUUUUUUUGCUUUACAUGAGUAUGGUAUUGUGAACUAUUAUCUCACAGUUAUAAUGUGUUUUAAAAGUAUUGUUUUUAAUUCUUUUAAGAAAAAAAGGAAAAGCUAAAUGAAUUCAGUUCAUAACUGAAACAACCAAAAGUGCAAUAUCUCAACUUCACUAUCAUACAGAAAAUAGAAUUUCCUGACAUGAUUCACUAGUAUGAAGACAGAUUCACUAGUAUAAAUUUCUGCAUCCUUUAAAAUCUCUAUAUUUUUGUAUUUAUAUAUAUUUUUAUAUGAAAUUAUUUGAGAAAUGUACACAUCAAUCUAUUCAAUAAGCUUAUUUGUGUUAUAUUUCAACAUAAAAAUAGCAACACAUACAAGCAAUGCAUUUCUAUAUAACAAAUGGAUUAUAGUUGGUUAUUUUUUUAAAAAUGGCACAGAAGUUAUUAAUACCUGAUCUUUAUAGCAAUGCAAAUAUGCGAGACAUCUAAAAUGGGACACCAUUUUUUUUAGGUUUUCAGUUAUUUUAAAGUACAAAAUGCUUCAUAUUUGUGCCAAUGUCACAAAUUCUUUUCUCUCUGCCUUAAAAAAGUAAAGAUUGAUGUUUCCCACUUUGCUAAUUGUUAAUAUUAUGUUCAGUGAUUGUAGUAUAAUAGAUGAAUCAUAUUUUACUUACUUUCUCUUAAUGUUAUUCUCUUAGGAUUAGUCAGUAAUAAUUAAGCAAUAUUAAUAUGAAGUAAUCCCCUUACUUGAUAUACUUGAUAUAGAGAACUUGCAGAUUUCAUUCUUGUCUAACUGAUAGUGACCAUACACUGAUUCUUUUUUCUUUCCAUUUGCUUUCAUAUAUGGCUGCACAUAGCUAUAUGACUUUUAUUGAAAAUACUUCAUUGUAAAAAAAAUUUAAAUAAUUGCAAUUUAAAAUCAUAAUAGUGUUGUUGCCAUCUUUCAUCCAUGGUCAUUCCCACUUUACAUUGACACAGAAGAGUUUCUGAACAGAAAGUAAGCAUUUUAGUUAAUCAUUUUAUAUUAAAUAAACUGUCUCCUGACUGAAA